CUUGAACCCUAAAAAAUAUGUGUUGUGAUGUGGAAUGAAGUUGGUAAGACAAUAAGAACAUGUAAAAGGACAAGGUUAAACAGUUUCUUCUUCUUUUAUCUUUCACAUAAUGUAUUGAGUAAUUGUUACCUUACCCAGAACAUUUUCUGAUACUGCUGAGAAAUCUAAGAGCACUAAAGAAACGCUGCCCUUUACAGCAGGAGAAGUCUUGUAUGGGCAAACUUUUGGAAAUCUGCCAUUGUGAUGGAGCCUUUCAAAAUCCUAUUUGAAGCUUUCCAUUGUAUUGAUUUAUAAAUCCUGGAUUGUUGCAGUGGUGAGUUUUGCAAGUGAAGUUAGUGCGCUGAGUACACUCCACCUCUUUUACAGUAAGAACUUCUUACAUGAUCUCUACAUAAACCAAGAGUUUGCUUCUGAGUGAUACAUAAGAGGAGAACAAAUUCUCUUCAGGUUCUCACUGUGCUUCUGCAAUGUCUUGUGGUGACACGAUACCUUUACUUUGCUUUACUUUUACUUUUUACUUUGUAGUCACAAAACAAUCCUGUUGCUAUCAACUCAAGUUCUGGUAUGUGAAUGCUUUGUGUAUAUGGCUAUCUCUUCUAAAUGCAUAUAAUUACUUAGGCUGACUUGAAGCCUGCACAUUAGCUCUUCUGUAUAUUGCAUGUAUUAAAUGUAGGUUUUCUUCAAUAAUAUUGAUUACAAUAGAAAUGGGAGAAAUAUCAUAGUGUGUGAUAUUCCUGACAGGUUAGCACCGCGUAUAUGAAAUCUCAGUAAUUUUGCAAGUUAGCUAAUGGUUAGUCUUUCAUAAUGACUUUGAGACAAUGCAAAAGCAGAUAAUAGCUUUCAGUCUGAUUUUGCCAUGUUCUUUUUCACAGCUUCCUGUUAUGGGAGGAGCCUUUAUGGACUCACCCAACGAGGACUUUAGUACAGAGUACUCCCUGUUUAACUCAUCAGCCAACGUCCAUGCAGCUUCUUCCAUGCAGAAUCCACCAGAAGAGACAUCUCGUUCUUCAAAUGAUGCCAUAUUGUUAUGGAUUGCAAUAAUAGCAACAAUUGGAAAUAUUGUGGUUGUGGGAGUGGUGUAUGCCUUCACCUUCUAGGAUGACUGUCACUACAAACACUGGAAGAAAGGAAAUCUUCAACAGUAUUUGUCAUGUGUAUGUAUGUGUGUAUAUAUACAUGUAUAUCUAUAUAAAUACAUAUAAGUAGAGACUUUGUUGAUUAAGUGCUGCUACAAUCAUGGAAAUGAAAUGCAAGUUAAUCAUCCUAAGUCUUGAUGGCAGAAAGUUUGGAUGCAAAUUGUUUGGAGGUGAGAGUUUUAUUUGAGAACAGAGCCAAUACCAGUUUUGUAUAGAAAUGUAAUGAAAGAGAGAUCAACUUGGGUAUAGUAAAUACAGAGAGAUAUUUAUAUAGAAAGUGAUUAUUUUCUACUGUAGAUUUUUCUAGCAGCUCUUCUGCAAUUUGUCAGUUUUUGGGGUUUUUUUGGUGCAUUUUUUAAUGUGGUAUAAUGUUAUAUGGGACUGUUCUAGGUCAUGUUUUCUGGACAUCUUCGUUUCCUAGAUGGACCAAGUGGUUGGCAUUGGCUCGGUUCUGAUGAAGGCCAAGUUCAUCAUGUGUGAGUCUUCAACAUGGCUGUAGACUCCUGGGCUGUGUUCAAAAUGAUGAGUCUCUAGCCAUGACAGGCAGAUGCAGGCUGUCUAUUACUUGCCCUCCAGGAUCAGUAACUGGAGCUGGUACUUAAUAAAGUGAUGCUGAACCUGCCUGAUGUUCAGGAGAAGGCACAGCUAUUGCUGCUCUGCAGACCCUCUGAAUUUCAAAGGACAAAAUGAUAAACAGAGUAGCAGCACAAGUUCCCAUUUCUGUCUGAAGGUACUGGAUUGCUGUGGUUUGUAUAUGUGUCCCUUCCAGGAAGCAAAAGCCCAAUACCACACUUUUCAUCUCAUUGGACUGCAAUCCAGAUUUCUUACAGCUGCUGUGUACUUUCAUAAAGUUAUUUAUGUACUAAAAGAAUGAUGGGAAAAUUGUGAAGCCUAAUUAGUAGUGAAUAUGUCUGUGAGAAAGAUAAAACUGAAAGAAAGGUUGGGCACUUCUGUGCUUUUGUGGGAAUGAAUUCAAGAGUCAGGUAUGUCCUGGGGUAGCAACAACACAAGAAAAGUAGUAAGUGUCAAAUGUGCAAGUGCUUAUAUCUCAGUAUUAAUAUAUCUCUGGGUUCUGGUGAGGGUCUUGGGAAAGAUUUCUUUUACAGCUGGCUUUAGGUAAUGACUCUGAUUAUCCUUUGGAUUUGUUCCACUGAGAGGCAACAUUUUUACUACAUUUUUUCCAUGGGCACUUCAUUUUCAAGAGCUGUUUCUUUUCAAGACAAGCUGUAGCCUUCCUUGCUUGAGAGACUGUAAAAUCUUGAGACAAAAAAGAAAAGGCUGUUGGAAAUCCGCCUUCACUCCUGUAAAAAUUAAGUAACAAUACAUAAAAUGUAUGUACUUUGAGAGCAGCAGACAAACUCUUCUUCUGUGUCUGCAUGUACUGUCUAGGUUUUCUGUCUCAUAUAGCUACUACCCUAAUUCCAGAAAGCCUUGUCUGCAGGCACAGAGACUAUUUUUGACACUUGCCUGCCACUGCGCUUGAGGCUGAGCUAAGAGCUGCUGAAUUUAUAGAGAGGUUUGGAUUUUUGUCUUUUCUCUUUAAACCCAUUUUCCUGCAGGGCUGGUGGACAGUUAUUUGAAUCAAAGAAGCAUGCCCCAAAUCAGUACUUAUAACCAGUCACUGUCUAUAUUUUUUCCUUCUCUAUGAACUGUCCUUUAAAGCUAGGAAAGAUGCAAACAGAGCUAACAAUGGGGAGAAAAGAAAUUACGUUAUUUUGAGGCUGAGAAAAACAAUUAUGAGCUUCUGUGCAUGUUGUUAUUUUCCUAUUUGAAGGCAGGAUUUUGUGAAGAUGGUUGAGGACAGACAAGAACUAUACUGGGAAAAAGUUUGAGAAGCCCAGUUCUGAAAAAUCAAAGGGAAAGAAAGCAAAUUCUGUCCAAUAAAAUAACUGUAGUCUUAAGAAUUAUAGAAAAAUUACAAUUUUAAUUUCCUAAAAUAACUAUUAAUUCCUUCAUAGCCACAGGACAAUGAAAAGCAGGGGAGCUGCAUAAAUGGUGCACCAUGUUUGUUUUUGCACCCCUCCUUAUUCUUGCUGAGCAGAAAGGAAGCUGUUGGAAAGCUGCAGAGAAGUUUCCAGUGAAGAAUUGAGCAGGACAAGGUCUGGUGUGUAAACAUGUAGGAUCCAUGAAAAUAUUGCUUAAUGUAAUGUACUGUCCCCAGCCAUUUUCUGAUAUUCUGUUGCCUUUGUAAUUGUAGCAGUUACUCACGGACUUUUCUUCACUGUUCCUGCAGGCUGUCUAGUUAGGCCAGAUCCUGCAAGCAUUUUUGCAUAAAGAGCAAAACAUUUCCACCAUGACUAAAACCAGUUUGACACGAUGGUACUUGCCCAGUGGGAUUAUUCUGCUGCCUAAUGAAUUUGCCAGUGGAGUGCUUUGCUUAAAUUUCCUAGAAUAUUAAUCUUAGUGCAAUUAGCAAUGUUUACAUCUCUCUCCCAGAGCACUGGACUAAACUCUUCAACCAUGAAGAAAAGCAUUAGAGUGGGAACAGCAAAGGACCACUAUUCUGCCAGUGAAACCAAGUGACACUUUUGUGUUGCUUUUCCCAAAGAAAAUGCCCUACUUUCAUGUGAAAAUAGUAAUAGUAAUAGAAUAGUAAUAGCAGGAGCAUUGGAAAACAAUGAGUUCCACCUCCUGCAUCCAAAUCAUCAUCAUACAUAUUUUCAUUGUUAGAGGCUGUGUUGUCAAGAAGGGCCAGACAAAACUUUAAAUUAAGUAAUUGGCUUGACAGGGUGACAUGGCAAGCUGGGUGUAAGCAGCAAGUGCAGGCAUUUGCUGCCUCAAACUGCACACUAACUGUACAGCUUCUCUGUCAGGAGAAAAAGUUAGUUUUAGGAUGCAGGUACAAGGAUACUGCAUGUGAGGGUCUGUGUGGGAUAUUGUCAGGUGUAUUGAAGAUCCCUAAAUUGCAGUGGCCAGAGCUAUUUCU